UUUUCAGGUAGAAAACGAAAUAUCCUUCAGCGAAAAUGGUUUUAUGAAAGUAAAAUGCACGAGUUUCGAUCCUUUCUAGUUGCCGUGCUGAUUUGCUGGACAAACACUGAGCGAAUACGGAACAGAAAUAAGGAAGAUCAAGUGAUUCCGCUCACGCCAAAUACCUUGAACCAAGCUACGUUUCUAAAAUACCAACGUAUUCCAUUGAGACGAUUACCUACAAGACAAGAGCGACGGAAAUAUACGGGAGCUCCGGUUUUGAUUUGCGGUGAAGGUAGUAUGGGUAUUUUGGUAAAUUAUCCAUUCAAUGGACGUAUUUUCGCGAGCCAUCGAGAAAAUGACAAGGAAUGUGUGGAGUAUAUCACGAUAAACACCAUCCCCAAGUUUAUGACACCACUCGAAGGUAACUGUGGUAUCUGGAGCAGAAAGAGUUUACAACCGUCAAGCACAGAUUUUCACCUUCGAGUUGUAGUGUCGUUUCAUUACGAGCACCUAACCGAAGAAGACAGAAUUUACGACUUGACUUGCUCAUAUUCGUCGAAAAAUAUCUCAGUUGGAGCCUACUAUGAUACUGUAGAUUUUGUAGCGCACCCACUACUGAAUGCAUCGCAACUACCUGUAUGUCAUUAUUCACUUCGCAAAGACACAUUGGACGGACCACGAACCACAUCAGCAACGAUCGGGCAAUUGGUGUAUCAUCGCUGGAGCUGCCCCUCAAAUGACUAUGCGUUCAAAGUGUAUAGAUGUUAUGUACACAAUGGAUAUCAGCAAUCGUAUUUGAUAGUAAAUGAUCAAGGGUGUUCACUGGACGAGUCGAUCCUGCCACAUCCCACAUAUGAUCUGCAAAAGGGUCUCGUCUACACGCCGUCGAAAGCAUUCAGGUUUACAAAAUCUCGACGAGUUCACUUCAAUUGUAUGUUGUCGGUUUGCCAUAAAAACGACGAAGAUUGCAUGAGAGAAAUCCCGCCUCGAUGCUCGCGAAAGUUACGGAAACGUCAGCUGUCCAGUAGUGAGAUUUCCGUGGAAGAACGACUAGAGCGAAUACGAGCUCAGAUGAAUGCGUUAAACAAUUUUUCGAGCGAUCUUUCCCUUGAUGAGAUGAUGUUCGAAGACAAUGAAGUCAGAAGCAGUGAAACUAUGGUAUCUCGUCCACUGCUGAUUAACGAUGAGGACGAGUUUGAGCAACAAGGAUUUUCACCACAGUCGUGUUUGCCGUCCAAUUAUGUUCACUGGAUCUAUGCAUUGCUCAUUACUAAUGUACUUUCUAUACUUGUGGCUGUAUUGGCAUGUAGUAAUCUCUUGAAAAAACAUUUUGCCAUAGAUAUUGUCACUAUAAGGCACAAAUAUCGAUGCGGAUUAUAAUAGUACCAUGUAAUUCCUUAUCUUCCUUUUUCUUUCUCACUUUCCUUCGUCUUUAUACGAAAAGUGCAUUGUUUUCAUUUCCUCUAUCCAUUGCUUCUCCGUGACAGCUCUAUCUCCCUCCGCCUCGCGUAUUUUCACAUUCAUCAGAGUUGACGUCUAACAUGCGGGACCACACGCACACAUACACACACAUUUUCAAUUACGCCACGCUUCUCACAAAGACUGAUGAGUCCACAUUCUUCCAGAAAAACGCCAAAGCCUCGUUCUUUAAUUGGAAAUGCCUAGCAUCAGUCUCAAAAUAGGCGAAAGAAAGAGAUUUAUAGGAAACGAAAUAACUAUUGAGCUUUAAGCACCAACGGGAGAUUAAUUUAGUUCAAAGUUUUAUGUCCUUGCACUUCUUGCCUUAAUUUCUUGAUAUUAAUAUUUAUUGUUAUGUUUUAUUGUAGAAAAUGCAAUAAAAAUUGUUAUUG